UGUUCCUCCCAACUUAUGCAGCAGCUGGAUAAAACUAAUUUCAAUUUGAAAGCCAUGGCCGUCGAUUUAGGUCACUUCGUGGCUCUGGAGGUCGGUUUAAGUUCAGCUCAAUCCUGGCACCGACCUGACCUGCACCCCAGGGUGUGGUUUGAGCAGGAUGGGGUGGUGGUGCGCGACGUGACCCCCGACCUUGACCCCUUCGUCCUCGACUACAUGGUCAAGAACUACCUGACCGAAGAGCCGAUGAACCAGGCCCUGAGGGUGUCCGAGGACCCUUUGGCCGCGGCCGAGCAGACUGCGAUUUGGGAAAAGUUGAUUUUGAGCCAGAGAGUGUCGAUCGUCGCCCUUCAAAAGGGAACACCAGGGGCCGAUUUGGAAAAAGUAAGCGAAGAUUGUCCUCCGAAGAUAAUCGGAGCAAAUCUGCUGUUUGUGACCUCAAAAAGUGACCAUGAGCUGCCAGAUUUCCGGAAGGUUUUGAAAAGUGAAAAGGUCAUAACUUGUCUUCAUACCUUUUUUGAAACCAGCAGCCUAGUUGACGUCUACGAAAGAUAUGCAGCUGACCAUUAUUUGGACGGCGCCGGAAUGUCCGUGGCCUCUGAAUGGCGAGGGAAAGGCAUCGGAAAAAUGUUGCUCGAGGCCAGACUGAAUUUAUGCCGCUCGCUGGACAUUCCCCUGACCAAAACGGUUUUCACCUCAGUUCAAUCCCAAAAGGUUGCACUCAAAAGUGGAUUCGAACUGCUCGGCGAGCUUGUCUACUCGGAUUUGACCGAUGCCGAAGGACAACCACGCUUUCCGAAGAUGCACCCUGACCAAAAGAGAAUCCAAAUGAUGGCGUUGAAAAUUACAUAGACUGAAUGAAAAAAAGACUGCAUUAAAUAGUCAAUUUAGUUGCAACUGCUGGAUUUUUAAUAAAU